AUGACUGUCAAUUUUCAAGAGGAACUACAAAAGUGGGCUGAUUAUGAUUACUAUGAAGAGAAUGUACAUAAAAUUCAACUUCCAUUCACUCUGGCAGCUGACAACCAAGUGACCCUUGAACAACAAAAAGAGAGACGUGAACAACAUAUUCAAAGACUCAAAGAAAUCAAUGCCAAAAGGAGGCUUGAGAAAUUGCAGGAAAAUGAAGAACAGCUUCAACAGUUGAUGAGUAUACAACUCCUGUUGGAAGAGGAAGAUGAGGAUGCUUUAAAAAAAUACGGUAGAGCUCUCAAAAAUAUGGGCUUUCGUUCUAGUGAAGACCUCCAGGUUGCAAUCAACAAACUCACCAUAAAUAUUCAACGAACCAAAGCCAAAAUUCUUGGCAAAGAGCUUCCUGAAGAACCUGAGGCCAAAGCAGAAUCCAAGUUUGAUCUUCUUCACAUUCCUGAUGAAAUGCUUACUGCUGAACAACAAGCAGCCAAAAAAAAGCAACAUAUUCUGAAAAGUGCUCAUGAGGGAAGAGCACGAGCUCAUGCAUUACAAAGAGCGAAGAGACAAAAGGAAAUGGCUGAAGAAAUGGUUAUGGAAGAAAAGCGCUUAACGGACUUUGAGAGUUGGCUGCAUGAAGUAAGACAGAAGAGAAAGGAACUUCAAGAAUCUCGUGCUAUUCGUCGCCAACGUCGAGCUGAUAUGGCCAAACGAAGAACUUUAGCUUCACAACAAAGAAUGCGAAUUAUUUCCCAACUGGCGCAAAAUACUAAGAAGCAUAAGGAUGACAACUUUGGACAGAAUGAUGCUGACUGGGACGUUUAUAAGGCCAUUAAUACAGAAGGAGGAGACACUGACUCAGAAGCUGAAGAGGAACAGCUGGAAGAGCUGGAAGCCAUGCUGAGAGAUUAUGACCCUGAGUUCCAAAAGGAACUUGAAGAAAAUGCUGGAAUAGGUGAAUUUGACAUUGCUGAAUAUUAUCGUUUACAUCUUGGAGUAGAAAGGAUUCGAGUACCAGAAUUGCUAUUUCAACCAUCAAUGAUUGGUAAUGAACAAGCUGGUUUGGCUGAAACAGUUGAUUAUGUGCUAAAAAAAUGUUCCCCUGAGGACCAGAAUGCUUUGGUUCAGUGCGUAUUUUUAACUGGAUCAAAUGCAAUGUUUCCUAAUUUCAACAAAAGAAUGGAACGUGAGCUAUUGGAAAUUCGACCAUUCCAGUCUACUUUUUCUGUUUACAGAGCUGCUGAUCCAAUCCUGGACUCUUGGUAUGGAGCUCGGCAAUGGGCCCUGUCACCCCUUGAGGCUAUAAAGGAGGAGGUGUACGUGGCACCCGCGCCUAAAGACACAAGUCGUGGGGCCAGUCCCCUGCUACUCGAUCAAUUCCGCCGCUUCAACCUCAGAGUAUUCAUUAGAGAAAGAGCCGCGUUCCUGCCACAGUCCUCCUCUCGUCUCCGCAGUCCACUGAUGAGCUUGAACAUCAAAGACGUAACCGUCAACAAACCGGUAGAAAACUGUUCCAAGGAGAUGACGGAAGGACGUUCUUCCUCCAGGACCACCGAGAAGUUUGCCUAA